AUGUCGUUCCUCUUGUCAGGUCAUACGGUAGAGAAUUGCCCGUUGUCGUCACAUUCUGGUGCCCAUACUUACUUCGGCCCCCCCGCCCCCCCUUUCUUUUUGCCCUUUUCCUUUUCUUCUCUCCUUCCUUUUCCUCCCCUCUUCGCCUCAAUCGACACCCUUCAGCUAGAGAGGGCUGGCUGGAUUCGUGGCCGACCUCCCAGCGCCCCCCUCCAUUUUGAUUCGAGGCUCUUCAUGCGCGUGAUCCAAUUUGCCCUACCCCGGCGCUUUCGUCAGGCUGCUCGGGUAAGAUGCGCGACAGAACCAGCAAUAAAUCUACGGAAAUCCAAGCUCCUGCAGAUGAAUCCUACGCCGACCAGUCCAUCAACGAAUCAUGGGCGACCUCGGUGUCUGGUUCCCAUGCACCCGGUCAAGGUCUGGCAAUGGCCUCGGCUGAUGACCUGGAAGGGGGGGGCUGCCAUUCCGGAACCCGCAUCCCGGCCUGUCCUGGGGCCCGGCAACACUGCUGGUCGUUGUCCGACCCCCCUUUAUACGUUCGAUGACUGA